ACUACGAGACCUCUCUCUAACUCUAUUUUCCUUUUACAUCUCAAUUCGCAAUAAUAAAUAAAUAAAUAAUAGUAUAAAUAUUGAAUAAAUAAUAAAUAAAUAAAUGGAGCUUCAUGUGCUUUAUAUUUCUUUCCACCGCAACUCCACAUGGUUCUUGGUUGUUCUGCCCAAACAGAGAAUGGAGAUGGUGAAGCUGUGGUGGAUGUGCUUUCUCUGACGGAGCACAACACUCAACAUUAACAAACGAGUAGAGGUGGAAUAGAGAAAGGGAGGGAGAGUGAAUGGCGGUGGAGUAUUCAUGCUGCGAAUCGGGGUUCUUCGUGCACAUAGUCGUGAUCGUGCUGCUGGUCAUAUUCGCGGGCUUGAUGUCGGGCCUCACUUUGGGCCUUAUGUCGUUGAGCCUCGUUGAUCUUGAGGUUCUCGCUAAGUCUGGUACUCCUCAGGAUCGUAAGCAUGCUGAGAAGAUAUUGCCUGUUGUCAAGAACCAGCAUUUAUUGCUUUGCACCUUGCUAAUUUGCAAUGCUGCGGCCAUGGAGGCACUUCCUAUUUUUCUUGAUGGUCUUGUUACUGCAUGGGGUGCUAUCCUGAUUUCAGUGACAUUGAUUCUUCUGUUCGGAGAGAUUAUACCCCAAUCAGUUUGUUCGCGGUAUGGUUUGGCAAUUGGUGCAUCAGUGGCUCCCUUUGUUCGCGUGCUUGUAUGGAUAUGUUUUCCAGUUGCUUUUCCAAUUAGUAAGUUGUUGGACUUUUUGCUUGGUCAUCGACAUGAAGCCCUUUUCCGUAGAGCUGAGUUGAAAACACUUGUAGACUUGCAUGGUAAUGAGGCUGGAAAAGGUGGGGAAUUAACACAUGAUGAAACAACGAUCAUUGCUGGGGCACUUGAACUCAGUGAGAAGACAGCCAGUGAUGCCAUGACUCCCAUAUCUGAAACAUUUGCUAUUGAUAUUAAUUCAAAGCUUGAUAGGGAACUAAUGAAUGAAAUAUUGGAGAAAGGGCAUAGCAGAGUCCCAGUCUAUUAUGAGCAGCCUACAAACAUUAUUGGACUAAUACUGGUCAAGAAUUUAUUGACAGUUCAUCCAGAAGAUGAAGCACCCGUGAAGAGUGUAACCAUACGCAGGAUUCCAAGGGUUCCAGAAAGUAUGCCACUCUAUGACAUUUUGAAUGAGUUCCAGAAGGGCCAUAGCCACAUGGCUGUUGUUGUGAGCCGGUGUGACAAGACGAAGCAACAAACUCCCAAUAACAAUGCAAAUGACUCAGUCAGAGACGUGAAGGUAGAUAUUGAUGGUGAAAAGCCUCCCCAAGAGAAAGUUGGGAAACCCAAGAUGCCACUUCAUAAGUGGAAAAGCUUUCCAAAUACAAACAAGUCAAAUAGGGGAGGUUCUCGGAGCAGAAAAUGGUCAAAAAAUAUGUACUCGGAUAUUUUGGAGAUUGAUGGAAGUCCCCUUCCAAAGCUCCCUGAAGAAGAAGAAGCUGUAGGAAUUAUCACGAUGGAAGAUGUCAUUGAAGAACUUUUACAGGAGGAAAUCUUUGAUGAGACAGAUCAUCAUUUUGAAGAUUCAUGACACUGGCUUUUCCAUUAAACCUUCCAUGUUCAUAUAUUUUUGGUUUGGACCUUAUAGAUAAUUAAUUAGAUACUGCGGUUUAGGGUGAGAGCUGCAGUUUUGGAAUCUGAGAUGUGAUUGGAACGUGUAAACCAUUAUCGUUGGUGAAGUGUAGGGACAAGACAGCUGUUAAUAGAUCAAACCUUCUUUUGAGAUGUACAUCAAUGUGUGUCAUAUGGCAUGAAGCAUGCCAGCAAAUCUUUUUUUUAAUUGAUAGCUGCUUGUAUGGAUUGCGUAUGUAUUAGGUAAUAGUAUUGGUAUUUAGUAUGAACGGCAUUUCAUGAAUUUGACUACAGAGAAAAUGUAUAAUAACAUGAAUGAUGGAUAUAUUAUUUGAGUUUGGAUCGC